AUGCUCCUGCAGGGCAACCAGUCAUCUGCCAAUGGCACCGGCUCUGAUCCAGCCGUGUUCUUCCUGACGGCCGUUCCGGGGCUGGAAGCUCUGCACCUCUGGAUCUCCAUCCCCUUCUGCUCAGUGUUCACCGUGGCCCUUCUAGGAAACUGCACCCUCCUGUAUGUUAUCAAGACAGAGCCCUCCCUGCACAAGCACAUGCUCCAUUUCCUUGCCAUGCUGGCCGUGAUCAAUCUGCUUUUAUCCACAACCACCAUGCCGAAAAUACUGAGCAUCUUCUGGUUUAAUUCCAGGGAGAUCAGCUUUAACGCCUGCCUGGUACAGAUGUUUUUCCUUCACUCAUCCUCCAUCAUGCAGUCUACUCUGCUGCUGGCCAUGGCCUUCGACAGGUAUGUGGCCAUUUGCAAUCCCCUCAGGUACACCACCAUCCUGACCAAUUCAGUGAUAGCAAAGAUCAGGCUGGCAGCUUUGGCCCGGGCUGUUCUGCUAAUGGUCCCCCUGCCCUUCCUCCUCAGGAGGCUGCCCUACUGUCAGUCCCAUGUCAUCUCCCAUUGCUGCUGUCAGCACAUGGCUGUGGUGAAGCUGGCCUGUGCCGACACCAGCUUUAAUAAUGUCUAUGGGAUCAUCGUAACUCUCUUCAUCAUGGGGCUGGAUCUAAUGAUCAUCUCCCUAUCGUAUGUCAAGAUCCUAAGGGCUGCCCUAAGACUGGCAUCCGAGAAAGAGCAGUUCAAGGCUUUCAGCACCUGUGGCUCUCACCUUUGCGCCAUCUUAGUGGUCUACACACCAGUGGUUCUCUCCUCAACAAUACACAGGUUCGGGUGCCAUGUCACCACACACGUACACAUCCUGUUGGCCAGUUUCUCCCUCCUCUUUUCUCCCAUGAUGAAUCCCAUCGUAUACGGUGUGGAAACCAAACAGAUUCAUGACCAGGUGCUUCUCCUGUUCCCAGGAAAAAAACUUCUAGGCUGA